CACAAGCCAUUUAGUCUUCUUCUUUACCAAGUUCUCUAAUAAGCUCGCUUCGUUCUCUAUCUCUGUCACACACACACGCCUUUUACAAUCCCAAAACCCUAGCUAUGUCUAUUUUCGAGUACAAUGGAUCGGCUUUGAUUGCGAUGGUGGGGAAGAACUGCUUCGCCAUCGCCAGCGAUCGUAGGCUCGGAGUUCAGCUCCAGACAAUCGCUACCGAUUUCCAAAGGAUCUACAAGAUUCACGAUCGCCUCUUUGUCGGCCUCUCCGGCCUAGCCACCGACGCUCAGACUCUGUAUCAACGGCUUGUGUUCCGGCACAAGCUGUAUCAGCUUCGUGAAGAGAGGGACAUGAAGCCUGAUACAUUUGCAAAUCUAGUCUCUGCUAUUCUUUAUGAGAAAAGGUUUGGUCCAUACUUAACUCAGCCUGUAAUUGCUGGAUUGGGAGAUGAAGACAAGCCAUUCAUUUGCACCAUGGAUUCAAUUGGAGCCAAGGAGCUAGCAAAAGAUUUUGUUGUUGCUGGCACUGCAUCAGAGUCACUCUAUGGUGCUUGUGAGUCGAUGUUCAAGCCCGACAUGGAAUCAGAGGAAUUGUUCGAGACUGUCUCCCAAGCACUGCUAUCAUCAGUUGAUCGAGACUGUUUGAGUGGAUGGGGAGGACAUGUCUAUAUUGUAACACCAACUGAAAUAACGGAGAGGAUCUUGAAAGGAAGAAUGGAUUGAGAAAGUGUUGAAUUACUGUUAUUUUGAAAGGAACGAUGGAAUCUUGGGAAUUAACUUGUACUUUUGAAUUACUGUUUUUUUUUUUUUUUUUUUUUUUCUUUCUCUUUUGCUUGGGAAGUAAGAUAUUGAAUGUUUCUCCUCCCUGAGACCACAUGCUUAACCGAUCU